AUGUUGGACAGUAACAAUGAUUGUGAUUAUGCCUUUAACUCUAUUGAUGAGAAUGAUAGUGAUAAUAAUGUGGUAGAUGCCAUCGAGCAUGGUGAUAAUAGCAAGAAGGAUAUGGUGGAAGAAGAUAGUGAUAUUAAAGAGAAUGAGGGAAAUGAUAAUGGGAAAGAGAAUGACCAUGUAGAUAAGGAGGAAGAAGGUAGUGAUGACUCUGUUUCUUAUAAGAGCAUUAAAUAUGCUGGUGAGAAUGAAUAUGAUAGUGAAGGUGGUAAUGACAAUAACAGUGAAGAUAAUGACUACCAUGACCUUGUAGGGGAAAAUGAAGGCUUUAGUGAUGGUGAUGAGGAUUAUGAAAAGGAAUAUGGUUGUAAUGAACCAUAG